AAAACUGGCCUAGUAACGCGCCUUUUACGCGGCGUGGUGCGAGGCUUGCGAACCGGCACAGGUUCUGUUCGUUCUGUUUGCAAACAUGGCUGUCAACUUGGUGAGCCACAAAGAUGCGCUGCUCGGCGCUUGGAAAGACGUCGUGGACGAUAAAACGAGCACGAAUUGGGCACUGUUCGGGUACGAUAAACAGUCGUACGACCUCUGCGUGGUAUCCACAGGAGAUGGUGGCCUAGAGGAGCUAGUCGAGGAGCUUAACUGCGGGAAAAUAAUGUACGCGUUCUGCAAAGUUGAAGACCCCAACACGAGCCUUUCCAAGUUCAUUCUCAUCAACUGGCAAGGUGAGGGAGCACCUUUAGUCAAGAAAGGCUGCUGUGCUAACCAUUUCAUGGACAUUGACCGUUUCUUCAAGGGCUCCCACAUUACCAUUACUGCAAGGACGGAAGACGACGUUGAGCCUGCACUGAUUUUGGACAAGGUGUCCAAGUGCACUGCGUCGACAUUCAAUUUCAAGCAACGCUCUGAUCCUACGGAGAGCACAAAACCCAUAGGAAGUGUUUACAAACGAAUCCAACCUGCCAGGGAAAUAUCUUCUACAGAGAGGGAAAGAUUCUGGAUGAAGGAGCAGGAAGAAGAGAAGAGGCGCGUUGAGGAAGAGAAGGUCAAAGCCGAGGCAGCCAGGAACAGGCUUGCCGAAGAAGUGAAGGAGCGUGAGCUCAAGGACGCCAGGGCUCGCGAGGAAUGGUUCAAGGAGCGCUCUCUGUCCAUAGACAAGAUGCGAGAAGCCGAGAAGAAUGCCCAGAACUCGACACACAAUAAAGUGAACAAGAAGCUUUGGGAACAGCAACUGCAAGAAGACAUGCAGGACGAAGAGGACCGCAAGCGGCGGUCCCAGCACCUUAGGACACAGCGCAAUGAGGAGGCACAGGCUCUGAUUGCGCAGCGCACGUUCAACGCCAAGGCCAUGUUUGAGCCGAGCACGUACACAGGCACGUACGCCUCGCCGGCGGUCUCUGUCCAGAAUCGCACCACUGGACACUCGGAACGGCAACCCCAAGCCGCUGGCACCUCUCAGCCGCCGGAGCAGCUCGCCGAAAGGCAGCCUCAGCUGGAGAUGGCGGCGGCCAGCCCAGCACGUGUCGCGACAGAUACGAUCCAGAACAACCACGGGCCGUCAACGGCAUCGCCACUGACAGAGCUGACAUACACACGCAACCUUCUUAGGGAUGCACUGCCCCCGAGCCAGCAGCCACCCCAGGACCACGAGGAUCAGAGCUGGGAAGAAGAACCUGCUGCUGCUCGUGCGGCGGUUUCGACACCGGUAUGCACAAGCGAGAGCGCUCCUGAGGCAGCCAGCGAAAACGGCAUGCAGGCAGCGCAUACAGACCCUGCAGACGCCGGUGCCGCCGAAGCCGCCGGUCCCGGCCUGCGUGCCCGCGCCCUCUACGACUACCAAGCCGCCGACGACACGGAGAUCUCGUUUGAUCCAGACGACGUCAUCACGCACAUUGAGCAAAUCGACGAGGGCUGGUGGCAAGGCCUGGGACCCAACGGAACCUACGGUCUCUUCCCGGCCAACUACGUUGAGCUGAUUGACUGAUGGCAUCCAAGGAACCACCUGGAAAGGAGCAAACGCUUGCCUCCUUAUCAAUUUGUCACGGCGCUUCCUUCUCCAGACGGGUUUAAAGCACACCACUGUUUUAAAGAAUUGGAACAUGCAUGCCCCCCCUUUCUUGCCACACAGUGGGGACAGCUGUUCACGGGCUUGAUGGGAAACGGGUGUAAACCCCUCCCAAUCCGAGGAUUAACAACGAAUGUGUCCGAACGUCGUGUACAUGCGUAGUACUUAGCUUCUGUCAAGGUUGGAAGGUUGUGGUUCCGAAGGCGCGUGGCACCGCACUGCCGUUUUACUUGCUUCUGUUGGCCAACUGCCACAAUUUUUUGUGACAUGUUUAUUUUUGUCUGAGCAGUGUUUGUGCCAAGCUAACUCUGUUUGACGCUUACCCUAGACUUAGUGAGAGCAACCAAAACUAGGGAUUCUGGUCUAAGCCCACAUUUACCUUAUACUUACCCUUAGCUAGAGCUUCCUAGUCACUCUUUAUUCGGUGCAUGUUGUAGCUGAGUUGCGCGAAGCACGGUUUGUUUCCCGCGACAUCUUCCGAAUGUGGCGCUCUGCAGUUGCUUCACCUAGAUGCUAAGCUGUGCUCUGUGUUCUAUAAGCUAAGUCAUGAUGGUGAACUCAAGCUGUACCUCGAAAGAACACAUUUCACCCGAUGUUGAUCGUGCUCAAUGUAGUUGUUUUGAGUGCAGUUGCACUUUGUCUUCGUUGGAACUGGUUACUGUUAUAUAUCUUAAAACCCCUUCGUUUAACAACCACUGCUAGGGCUGCACCCUUUACAGUGCCGGUCACACUGCAGCCAGGGGGGAAUGGGAAUUUAGGGGCUGGAAGCUGCAUGUGUAGAUCUCAAGGCCUUAACAGCUCAUUUACCAAAAACAAACAAACCUACAAAAAAAAAAAGACUGCACAAAUUUAUUACUCCUUCAUUUUUGCAUCUUUAUACAGUUUUUGCCGUUCUGUGUCUGUAGUCAAGGUUUUGUGUUUUUCUAAUAUAAUAAACUAGUACUCAGAA